AUGUCAGAUCCGAAGCAACUAGCAGAAAAGACGAUAAAGACAACUGGGAAGAAAGCAGAAGAUAUAGGUGAGAAGGAUAAGGAUGAGAAGAAUGAGAAAUAUGAUGAGAAUGAUAAAUUAGAGGAUGGAUUACAUGGAGGUGAAAGAGAAAAUGAAGGUAAAUUGUAUGGAACUUCACUGCAUGAAAAGCUACAACAUCGAGAUAAAUUGCAUGGAAAACCAACGCAGUUUGGGGAUAAAUUAGAGCGUGGAGAUAAAGCAUUUGAUGGAUAUGAAUUACAGGGGGAUAAUUUGGAUGAAGUGGAUGAUAGAUUGCAGCAUGAUUUGCAGUAUGAUAAUUUAGGUCAUGAUAAAUUGCAGUAUAGUGAUAAAUUACAGAAUGAUAAGCCACAGGAUGAAUUAUCACGCGGUGAUAAAUCGCAUAGUAAUAAAUUUCAUAGUGACAAACAACAGAAUGAAUUGCAUAGUGACAAGCAACAGAAUGAAUUGCAGUAUGGUAAUAAAUUGCAGUAUGGUGAUAAAUUACAGAAUGAGUUUCAGAAUGAAUUGCAAUACAGUAAUAAAUUGCAGUAUAGUGAUAAAUUACAGCAUAGAAAUGGACCACAAUAUGAAUUGCAUAGUGACAAGAUGCUGUAUAGUGGUAGCCCACGGAAUGAAUUGCAUAGUGAUAAAAUGCAGAAUGAAUCGCAUAGUGAUAGACUACAGAAUGAAAUUCAGAAUCAAUCGCAAUACAGUAAUUUGGAUAAUCAAUCGCAUGGUGAUAAAUUUCAGAAUCAAUCACAUAGUGAUAAAUUGCAGAAUGAGCCCCAUAGUGAUACAUUACAGAAUGAAUUACAGACUGAUUCGCAUAGUGAUAAAUUGCAGACUGAUUCACAUAGUAUUAAACAACCCUCCUCCCUACAAUUCGUCUUCCCCGAUAUGGUGGCAUUCGACCGGGUGAGGCGGCGAUGCCAGCACUGGCUGGACGGGGUGGCGGUGCAGCGGAUCGAGCUGCAGGGCUUUGAGUCGUACCUGGUGGAGCAGUGGGUGUACGAGCGGUCAGCCCGGAAUUCCAUCGUGAUCUACACGGGCGACCCGGCAGACCGCGUGUGUGCGUACCGCGUGGAGGUUGUGUGCGACGAGGCAGCUUGGCCGGGGCCCCUCCGGGCAUACAUCGGGGACUUGGGCGGCUCCCGGCACACUUUCCCCACUCUGAGCGACUACGGCACGGUGUUUGUGACAAACGUGAGCCAGCUGGAUGCGUCUCUCACGCUGGUGCCGAUUCCGGGCGGCGACAUCAAGAAAAUCUACAAGUGCUACGUGCAAAACCACGACUUGAAGCAUUUGGGAUGCGGAACACGGGCAGCAACGGCGAUCGGGAGCCCCGGGAAGCCCGCGGAGGACAAGUUCCGGGCGGCGUACCACGUGCCGGCCGGGGUGGCGGUGCGGUACGCGGUGCGUGAGCUGGUGUGCGUGGUGCAGACGUUCCUGUACUACUACGGGGUGCUGCCGGCGGCGUGGUGCGACGGGCUGUGCUGCCGGGGCACGGAGGCCGGGCUCACGCGGUGGUGGCGCCUGGUGGCGGACAUCCCGCCGUGCAGCGGGCUGCUCAGCCGCCGGCCACCGGGCUGCACGGCCCCCGUGCGGUUCCUCAGCGUUAUCGGGCUCACCUUGUUCAUUCGCACGCUGCUUGCCCUUGGUGGCAGCAGCUUUAUGGCCCCCAAGGACCCGCUGGACGUCCAGGGCUUCCGGGUGUCCGUGCUGCUGUUCCAGCGGGCCCAGAAACUGCACCGCACGCGGGAGAACGAGGGCUACCUGGACCGCGAGACCAUCACGCGGCUUUUCGCCUGGGUCCAGACCGUCAAGACGGGGCAGAACUUCGCCAAGGACUUGUCCAAGGUCAAGACACUCGUCAAGAACACCGUGCUGGACUUGACGUCGGUCCGGGCGCUCCAGGUGCUCGCCGGGGUGCCUGCAGACGCCGCCGACUCCCCCAGUUCACCACCAGGGUCCGACCAGGCUCCCCCGGUAGCCGACUGCCAGGACUACCGCCAGAUCCGCCUGCUCUGUGCCGGGCCCCGCCUCCUGUACCUCUUCUUCGCCAAGGGCCGGCCCGCCAACCUCGACCGCGACUGCCUCGCUGCCCGGUACCACCGGGCCAGCCUUGCCGUCGCCAGCCUCGCCUCAGCCUCCCACCGGGCCGCCUCCCCGGGCCGUGGCCGCCACCACGACACCUCCCGGGCCACCAUCCUGAAGUAUGCGUGGAAUUCGGAUGAGAUGGGGUAUCCUGGGGGGAGUCAGGUGAGUGGUAAUUUGUCAAAUCAGUCAUAUUCAGAUCAAGUGAAUGGAGGUCUGUCAUAUGGAAAGCCCUCAAGUCAGUUAUAUUCAAGUCAGUUAUAUUCAAGUCAGUCAUAUUCAAAUCAGCCAAAUCAACCUUAUCCAAAUCAACCAAAUCAACCUUAUUCCAACCAGCCUUAUCCAAAUCAACCAAAUCAACUCAAUGCUCCUUCCCACCCAAAUUUCUCAUGCACUGCAGCCAGAUUUAACGCCCGCCUCCGGCGAAGAACAAGCGUCCCGUUUAUCGCCCGCGAGGCCGGCGUGUUCGCCACCGAGCUGCAGGCUGCCGACUCCCCGGCCCCCGGUGGGCCACCGGGCACCCACGCCGUGCCCUGGUGCGGCUACCGGGCACCCCCGCCCGCCUCUAGAAAAAGAGCCCUGUCUUUCGCGGCCGUCGACCAGGCCCUCGAAACAGCCGGCACAGACUGCUUCGAUGUCUCCGGCCCGGGCUUCCCGGGCUCCCUGGUAACCGAGGAGUGGCUUGCCGCCCAGUACAUCGCCCUUUUGCACUUUUUCAGGCUCGGCAUCGUCCGGCUGUCGGCCGAUCUCCGCGGGCAGACCGACGGCUACCGGGCAAACGUCUACCGGGGCAUCCGCCUGGACACGGUGCUCGCCCGGUACCAGAACUCCCGGGCAGACUGCUCCAAGGCCGCCGCAAAGUACAGGGAGCUCCGCCAGAAGUUGAGGACCAGCUACAAGAUAAGUGCCCGGCUCAAGUACGAGGUCCACUUGUUGCUCCAGAAAACUAAGGAGGUCGAGACCAACCUCAGGUCCUUGGACGAUUUCAAGAUUGCUAACUUGCAGUCGCGGAUCGCCAAAUGCCGCAAAUGCCUCCACGUGCAGCAGUUUGCAGCCCAAUGCCCCCGCAACGAGCCUCCGGAGGCCGUCUUGUCCUGGCGGGCCCUGCUCAGGCGGCCCUACCUCCUCCUGUACGUUGUUUUCUGCUACAUCUGGUGUCUCUGGACCGUCUACUUCGGCACAGAUCCCCGCUUCCACGCCCAGCCCCAGUCCGAUGUCUUCAAGACGCUUUUCUGCCGUGUCUACUACGGAUCAGAGGCCAAGCCGGCCAAGCGCGAAUGA